ACGAAGGAGAAGGAGAAGGGAAUGGAGGGGCAGACAGAGAACUACACGCAUGUCCUUCGCUUCUCUUUUCCUAAUUUCAUGAAUCGAAACCCUAAUCCUAAUCUUCUCUACUGCAAUCGAUAGGAGGUUAUAGCAAAAGGGGAAAGAUGGAGAUGCAGUGCGUUCACAAUCUGCUCGAGAGACGCUGCAUCACCAAAGUUAAGACUCCGGCUGUGAAGUGGUUCAGGGAAUGGGUGCCUCAAGAUAUUGUAGCUACGGGUGGAAGGUGCAAGCUUUUGAAGUGGGUAAAUGAGAACACCUUGAAGGCUUUGAAAGAGAAGGCAAAGGAGCCUGAAGCACAAGAGAUUGAACUGGAGCCUACGACUGAAGUUCUUUUUCUCUGCAGCUAUGAAGGCUGUGGCAAGACCUUUAUUGAUGCUGGUACCUUGAGGAAGCAUUCUCACAUCCAUGAAGAGAGGCAAUACUUUUGUCACUAUGAGGGCUGUGGCAAGAAAUUUUUGGACAGUUCAAAAUUGAAAAGGCACUUUCUCAUUCACACUGGAGAAAAACAUUUUGUAUGCCCUGUUAAAGGUUGUGGCAAGGCAUUCUCCCUGGAUUUUAACCUGAGGUCACACAUGAAAACACAUUCACAAGAAAACUAUCAUAUCUGCCCUUAUCCAGAUUGUGGAAAGAGAUAUGCUCAUGAGUACAAGCUUAAAAACCACAUUGCAUCUCAGCAUGAAAAGAAUGUUUCUUGUGGUUGUAGAGAUUUGUUGAUAAAGGGGUGUAUGGAAUUUCUUAGAAGAAGCAUUACCUUUCCAAAUAUGUUUUUGAAACAACCAUCCAAAUAUCCAUUUGUAAAGACAAAUUCAUCAUUGAGGUGGAGCAGUUGCUUCAUACAGAGAACUAGAUGCCCUGGCAGCCUGGCCUCCUGUUUUCAUUCAAAUCCGGCAGUGGAUGCGACAAAAUAUGCUACACCCCUAGAGAAGAUAUCAAAAGCUACUAAGUCUUCAGGGGGUGGCUAUGGCUCUGCAGCAUCAGCUGAUCGCCCUUAUGCUUGUCCUUACGAGGGUUGUGAAAAGGCCUACAUACAUGAAUACAAGCUUAAACUCCAUUUAAAGAGAGAGCAUCCUGGCCAUGUGUCAGAUGAGAAUGCUGCAGCAAAUGCUGAAAAUGAGAUGGAUGAAGCCAGUGACCAAGAUGCUUAUGCUGGAAAACGGGUCACUAGCAAGAGUCAGAGACAACAAAGCAGGGCAAAGCCGACUACCAAGAUGCCUCCUUCAAAAGUUGCACGGAAGGUGUCGACUUCAUCUCCUGUGGCUUUGAAUGUGACAAAGAAACCUUGGCCUCUUAAAGAAGAGGUAUUUGAGGAAGAGGACAGUGAAGAAACCGAGGAAGAUCAAGAGAAUGGUGAUGAUGGGUGGAGGUAUGGGGAGAACAACGAAAAGGACGAUGAAGAAACAGAAUAUGAAGACUAGAAGAUGAAGCUAGUUACUGUAACAUUAACAUGGCAUUGGUUAUUAGACCUAGCACUUUGCCUGCUGCUGUAAAUAUGAUUACUUUGCUCUUGGGAUCUCACCCUUGUCCCUGUUUUAUUAUCAUUAUUAUUAUUAUUAUUAUUAUUAUUAUUUAUUUAUUUAUUUUAGCUUUGAGGAUCAUAAAAAGAAAGGAACUUU